AUGGCAACCAAGAAUCCUUCUACUUGUGACGUAUGCGGGUCUUUGUUUACAAACCUGAGAUCGAUGCGAACACAUCAAAGAGAGAAACACGCCGAUAUAUACACAUCAUGGACAAUAAGUUGUCCUCUAUGUGGAGCUGAAGUCUCUAAACACCGUGAGUUAGCAGUGCACGCGCGCUUCACACAUGCGCAAGAUGACGACGAUUAUGUUGUUGAAAAGAUAAGUUUCGGCACUAUGCGUGAGUUUAAGGAAUGGAAGGCUUUGACAGAAGAAACCAAUGUCAUUAGCCGUGUAAUCCCUGCUACUUAUCGCUCGUCCAGCAAUGCAAAAAUCACCUAUAUGCGAUGCCACCGGGCUUUGAAAACUCCACAUGUAACCCCGCACAAAAUUAAGAAAGCUGUGCCCUAUUGUACCGCAGACAUGAAGAUAGUGGAGGAUGUUGAAGUAAUAAAUGUAGAACACUGCUUCACCCACAUCGGCCACGAUCCGAACCCCGCAAUGCUAAAAUUGGAGGAAACGGCAGUGCAAUACAUAAUCUCACUUUUAAAAGAGGGCCUAACUGUGCGGCAAGUCUAUAGAAAACUCAGGGAAAAAGUCCGGGAUGCAGCAAAGAAUCGACUUUAUUUUACGACAAUGCGCGACAUAAGGAACAUUGCUGCUAAAUGCUGUAUCCAGCCAGGAAAGCUUCACAACCUCGACCGUAUCCAUACAAUUGCCCCUGCGCACAAUGCCAAUGGCGACGGUUUUACGCUUGUGAUUAUCACGCCAACACAGAGAGACUGGUUAAAAAGAUAUGGUCAGAGAGCCCUUUGCGUCGAUGAUACCUUUAACCUCACGUCAUACGCAUUGAGGCUCGCUACCGUAGUAGUAGCUGACGAGUACGAUCGGGGAUUACCAGCAGCGUAUCUUCUUUCUUAUAGAAUGACGGAGUCAGAGACGGCAGUGUUGUUUUAACAAGUGAAAAAGCAUCUACCUUCAUUUCAUACGGAUUACUUCAUGUCUGACGACACAAAUACGUUUUGGAAUGGGUUUGCACGAGUGUUUCCUACUGAAUGGACCCAGAGAUUACUGUGUAUUUGGCACGUAAAACAGGCUAUAAAAAGAAUCGCGCAAGCUAAGCUGAAC